CGCGCGUGUGUCAGGAAGUGUGAGCGACCAAUCCAACGGGGCGGAGAUUAACCACUGCCUUUGACCAUCCGACCUACACUACCUGUCAACACGAUGCACUUCUCCUGUCAAGGCUGGACUUGAGGAAUGACAUUUGUUGCCUCUAACAGGAUGGAGUGGCUGCUCCAGCGAUGCCAUAAAGAGGCUUUCUGCCACUCUGUCAUUCGGACGGUUCUGCUCAUGUUAUGUUUGCUCCUGGUCCUGUCCGUGUCUAUGUAUCCUGGGUUAAGGUCCAUUGGGAUCCAGCUUCAUUCAGCGCUGACAGGAAGUUAUAUACCAGGCCACCACUCCCUCCUUCUCAUCAACAGUCCCAAUGAACAAGCAGCAAAAGACAUUGGCAGGGCAAUCAUGGAGAGGCGGAUGGCAGCCAGCAUUAACAUUCUCUCCAGGACCUCCACAAUGUACUAUUGGAAAGGUGAAAUCCAGGAUGCAAGUGAAAUUCUGAUGCUGGUGAAAACAAAGACCUCCAGGAUCCAGGAGGUCGUGGACUACGUGAGGUCUGUCCACCCCUAUGCGAACCCAGAAGUCCUCAGCUUCCCUGUGGAGGACGGCAGUCUGGCUUACAUGAAAUGGAUGGAUGAAGCCAUUCCAGAUGACUAAUGUGUCAUUACAAAUCAAAGACAAUCUCUAUAUGGACCUCAUCUCAAUAAGGAAGCUGAGCCAUGAGCCUGAGCUGGUUUAACAGCUUUGGAUUGAAGAGUUAAGUGAGCACUCUACUGAACAACAACCAUAAUAUAUUUAUACUGUUUUGGAUCUCUGACCUUUUAAUUGCGCUGUAGAGAUUUGUUUUAUACACCAGCUACAGAAAACACUUCAGUCAAAUAUUUCCAUUUGACAGGUCAGUUUUCUACAAAUGAAGCCUACCAUAACAGGACUAAUGCUUUGUGCUGUGGUAGUCUGAUAAACAUAAAUGGAUGAAAACAUCAACAGCCUGUGGAAAAUAACCACAGUAUGGGCUUGAAUGUGCAAUCACUCCUCUGUAUAAUGCAUUCUUUGCCCACCUCUCAGUAUACAUUAUGCGUAUGCAUUAUUGUACUUGCAAUAUGGAUAACACCAUCCUCUUAAAGCAGUAAUCUUUCAGCAUUUGCAUUUCAUUGACUAUACUUUUUAGUCUGGCUUUUUAUCUAUUGAGAUUAUUUAAGAUGUCAUCAUUCUUGUGUGGUUGUGUUCCAGAUUUGCCUUACAGGAGGGUUCUAAAUAGUAUUAGAUCUUGUUAAUGACAAUGCAUAACUACUGCAUUGUCAUCAACAUUGAUGCCUGAUGUUGAACACAACAUUGUUUAUGUAUUUAUUCUUAUGAAUUCAAAAGAUCUUUAAAGCUCUUUUGGAAAUCAGAUGAGUUAUCUUUUUCAAGGGAAAUGUGAAGAGUGACACUCAGAGCAACAUGUUUCUAGAGCAAUCUAUGUGUACUUUCAGUUCAAUAAAGUAUUGAUCUGUCAGGCUGCAGAAGAUUUCCUUUAUUUGUACAAAAGGGGCUGUAAGCAACACACAACUGAAUUACUUGCACACUGUAAGUAAAAGGAAAAGAGCAAAAGUGCUGAAUCUCAGAGCUGCUCUAUUCUGGGUUAUCUCAGCGUGAACUGAUUUACAACCAUUUUGUGCAACAUAAAUUAAAACUACACAGAAGCACGGAGGAUAAAUUAACAGAGAGGUAUAAUCGCCACCCUGUCUUUAUCCUUACAAAUUAUUAAAAGCUUUUUUUUGUAUCCCAAAGAACAAAUGCUGACUUGAUCAGGUCUUCCUUAAAAGACACAUCCUUGAUCUCUGCAAGAUUUAAAAAUGCCAAGUAAAAAUUUUCAAGAAAAAAAUGUGAUUGUUAUUAAAUCCAGACAUCACUUGCACAUAUGAAUAGCAGCACUGUAUGUAUUGACAGGAAAUUUUGUAUUUUGCUGGAUUUUAUUCCAUACCUGUUUAUAUCCUGUCAUCACAAUUUCUAAAAAAGGCUUUGAAAUUCACAACAAAUAUGCCAGCACUAUGCCACAUUCAGGAUAAUACAGGUCAGACAGCCAUGCAUGCUUACCUCAUUCUACAAAGAUACACACUAAGCCUCAGUCGGCAGAAUGCGUUUCCGGCACGAGGCCUCAACAAAAGAACUGCAGACACAUUUUAGUCGGCUGUUGUCUGCUGAGCCAAAAUAAUCCUCCCCAUCAGGUCAGGAGCUCAGGCCAUUUGGUGAGAGUGCGAGUGUGUUUUUGUGGAUGCAAGUUUCUGCUUAUGUGAAUGUCUGUUAUUUGAAAGUAUUCUGUAUGUAUUCUCUGACAUUAGUAUGUAUUUUAGGGACGUGUGUACAAGGCAUGUUUGAAUAAACCUUCAUUUGCACAGGUA